CUUCUUUUCAGUCUUCUUUUUUUCAUUUUUGAUCUCGUUGAAAAGUUUUCAUCCAACGCGAGAUUGAAAGUUUUGUCGUCGUUUUGCUGCGUUUGUGUUACACCUGGUAUUAACAACAGGGAAAACGACAAGCAAAAAGCCGACAAACGGAGCAAGACAUUCAAGAUCGAGGAUUUCGAAAACAAGCGCAAACGAACAAAGAAGGAAAAGGACAACUGGCAACCUCGUCGGAAGGAAGAAAAGUCGUGAUGACAAGUUCCGCUCUUCCAAUCGAUGCUGCUGCUGACGCUGACAUUGCGCUGCAGCAGUCAACAAGCGACUCGGAGCAGCAGCAACAACAACAACAUCAACAGCCCAACGGACGUGCGCUGGCGUAUGGUGGCAAAGUGGCUGUGGCUGACCGCACAAUCAACAGCAAUCGCAGCAGCAUGAACGGCAUCCGCAUGGGGCGAGGUGCCCGCGCCUAUGGCCAGCUCAUCGAUGAUAACGACGAUGGCAAUGAUGUCGAUGAUCAUCAUCGCAACGACAGCAUCGUCAAGGACAUGGAUCGCGAGAACACAGAUCCAACACAAGGCCCGUCUGCUGCAGACUGCAGCUUGGACCAGUCAACCCACAGCCUCCGCUUGAACGGCGACUCGAGCGACGACGAGGAUGACAAGCAGCUGAUGAGCACUGCCGUUGACCGCAGGCCGUGGUACCGAAGGAUGUUCCAGCGAGCACCUCGUCAAGCACCAGCCAAGCGAUGGAGGCCAAACCUGAGCGUCAUCAUCUUGGCACUCGGCAUCUCUCUAUCACUUCUCGGAGACGGAUCCAUCUACAGUAUCAUUCCCGCCAACUACGAGUCGAUCGGCCUGGAGCCCUGGCAGACUGGCUUUAUUCUAUCCGCCAAUCGCUGGAUUCGACUCAUUAGCAACCGCGUCAUGGAGCACUUUUACUUUCGCGUGCGCCCAAUGUACUUGAUGGUGGGCGCGUUGACAGUCGGCUCCAUUACGGCGUUCAGCUACGUCUUUCCACCGCCGUUUGCGCUGUUUGUCAUUUCGCGUGCUGCGUGGGGUGUCUGCUGGUCCACCAUUCGUCAAGUCAGCGUGAUGAAUGUCAUGAUGACUGCGGACGACGAGCAUCUGGGAGCAACAAUGGGCAUUCAAGACUCCAUCUCGCGCAUUGGCUAUCUUGCGGGCAACGUAUUUGGCGGUAUCGGCUUUGACAAUAUGGGCUACCAGAACAUCAUGGUGCUGCUCGCCUCUCUGACCGUUCUCGGCAUUCCACUCGGCUAUCUGGGCAUGCGCCGCGAAGAACUCGAAGUCUCCCGGAUAGCAGACGAGGAAGACCGUCUGGCUGCCGAGGAAGCUGCCGCCGCCGCCGACGCCGCCGACGAGUUGGAAAACUCGGACAACAACACGGCGUCCGAUCAGUCAGCGACCUCGCUGGAAGCGCGCGAGUCACAUCUUGCCCUCGAGGUCCUGCCCGUCGAGACCGAGGAAGCCGCACAGUUGCACAAACCUGCGCGGGUUUCGGCGACACAGCGGGCACUUGAGCGCAUCCGGGCCAAACGCAACUCAAACCCGAACGAAUCGCUCAAGCAAAAGAUGAUGCGUGUGUGGCCGUUGCUCGUCUGUGGCACCGUCUACGGCAUGGUGGGCGAAGGCAUGAUCAUUUCCAGCUUGGGUCUGAUUCUCAAGGAGACCGUGGGAGAUGCUUUCGAACUGGGCAGCCUCACCAUCCCCGUCACCACUCUGGCGGGUGUCUUUUUGGCUUCCCGCUGGAUUGUCGAUCUGAUUGCUGGCACGUUCCUCGGUCUGCUCAGCGAUCGCAUUGGCUCGCAUCGCGCCGCUGUGCUCUACUUUUCGAUGGGCGCUCUUGCAUUGAUGUCGUCCGCGUCCUUCAUGCCGCUCCUCAUCAUCAUGUUUUUCGCGGCCACCGGCGCCAACAUUGUUUUGCUGGCUGAAGUGGGUCGUGCUGGUGUCGUUGGGUACUACAUGACUGCCGCCGACCUUGGCGCUGCAAUGGGCCCGCUCAUCCCUUGGACCAUCGAACAGCUGCAUGCAUCGACCACAACCAUGUUUUAUGUUGGCGGAGCCGCGUACACUGUCGCUGCUGCCACCGCAUUUUUCGGUCUGAAACAUUUAGCCGCCCAGCGCGCCGAACAGCUCAAGAAGCGGCUUGCGGCCCAGCAAAUCAAGCUACAGCGCACCGCCAGCCGCCGCAAGUCGAGCACAGCCGCCUCGCGGUCUGCUUGAACCGGAAUAUGGCUUUGUCUUUGACCGUGUGCCCCGAUGUCUUGAUAGUGUACUGUAUUUUUCUUUGUAUUCAAACUCCACCUUAUAGCUCGCA